AUGACUGUCCAAACUAGUAUUGGCAAAGACUCCUCUAUGAAGCAGAAAUCUGAAAACACUUUCCUGAUUUGUCUUAGUAAAAUCCAACAGUCUUUCUCCUUGUGUACUGAUUGUCCAGUUUUUACAGCAUACUUUCAGCAGUCAAGUCAGCUCAUCCAGUCUUCUCUGUAUUCACUUCCUAAUGCACCAACUCUGGCAGACCUAGAGGACGAUGACGAAGCCAAUGAAGACCAGCCAGAGAAGCCUCACUUUGACAGUCGCAGUGUGAUAUUUGAACUAGAUUCGUGCAACGGUAAUGGGAAGGUUUGCCUCGUCUACAAACAUGGGAAACCUGGAUUAGCUCAUGACACUGAGAUCUGGUUCCUGGACAGAGCAUUAUACUGGCAUUUUCUCACAGAUACCUUUACUGCCUAUUACCGCCUGCUCAUCACCCACCUGGGCUUGCCCCAGUGGCAAUAUGCCUUCACCAGCUAUGGCAUUAGCCCACAGGCCAAGCAAUGGUUCAGUAUGUACAAACCCAUCACCUACAGCAACACAAGCCUGCUCACAGAAGAGACCGACUCCUUUGUGAAUAAGCUGGACCCCAGCAAAGUGUUCAAGAGCAAGAACAAAAUCUUAAUCCCCCAAAAGAAAGGGCCUGUGCAGCCUGCCAGUGGCCAGAAAGGACCCGGGCCCUUAGCUCCUCCUUCUGCUAAACCUUCCUCUGGCUCUGGAAACCCUGUCCGAAAAUAA